UUCUUCUCCAUUUCUAUUUCAAAGUCCCACUUUCAGUCCUUUUUCCCAUUUCCUUUCCUCUGUUUCUUCUUCUUAUUCUUCGAUUCCUCUGUUUUUCUUUUUUAAAUCUUUUCAUCCAUUUCCCUUUUGAUUUCCCCUUUUGUGGGUUUUAUGUUUGGAUUUCAAAUGGGGUUUUCAAACAAGUCCCAAAUCGACGGCGGAUUUGAAGCAGAGACCAAAAAAUGGGUAAUCGCUGGCUUUCCGGCGAGGUCGUCGUUGAAGCAGAUAAACACUAAACCGAAGGUGAAAGACGGCGAUGACGACGGCGAGAGGUCGUGUUCGACGACGCCGACAGCGAAAGAAGCUAGAAUACCGGAGAAACUGAGCUGUCCGCCGGCGCCGAGAAAGCGGAGAUCUCGAAAAUUAAGCUCGAAUCAAAAUCACGUGAGGGAGUUCUUCCAACCUUCGGAUUUAGAAUCCGUCUUCAAACUCCUAGUUUAGAAGUAGCUGAGAAUUUAGGGGUUUCAAACUCUAACUAUGCUUUUUUUUUUGGAAUUACUAUAUUUAUGUUGCUGGUAGUUCUUAGGAGUAAGGUGAUGAUGAUGUACAAAGUAUAUAUAAAUAUUUGUUAUCUAAAUGAGUAUUCUAGUUUAUCUCCAUGUUCAAAAUUUGGUGAAUUCUUGAAUAUUUUCCCGGGAAA